UUUUUUUGUUUUUUUCAUGAGUCCUCGCAGUCUAUAAAAGCCACUCUAUCACCAGGGUGCAACUCUGCAGAGCAAUUCAAGUGUGGGUCAGAGAAAGAGUCGGAGGAAACAGAAGACUGCACUUGGCCACCCUCCUGUCUUAGCAGUUUUUCCUGUGCAGGUCCUGCCUUCUCUGACUAAGCUGUAAUCAUGACCAGAAACCUGCUGAAGAACCCCAGUGGGGAAGAGCAGCUGGAAUUCUGGGAGCUGACGGAGAAUGGCGGGAGCCAGUGGAAGGUGGAGGAUAUGCCGGGAGACUGUGGUCACGCCUUUUGCAGUGAAGGAGUGACUAAAUACUUUGCAACCUCCUUUGAGCUGUGUCUGAAGAGACAGGUGAUCGACCUGUUGGCAGAGGGAUAUUCAUCUGAACAGCUGGAUGCUCAGCCUCCUGUCACAGUAGAAGACUGGUACUGUGGGAGGACGGACUGCGGCUGCACCUACCAGAUGACUGUGUGUCUGUUAGAUGAGGAUCACGAGGUCAUACAGGAGUUCAGACCUGAUCCGGUCACUCUGGAUCCCGACUGUGACGACUGCUCAUGGAAACAGGUCAGCCACACAUUUUCUGAUUAUGGCCCCGGGAUGCGUUUCAUUUCCUUUGAACAUGGAGGACAAGACACCAAGUUCUGGGAUGGUUGGUUUGGAGUCCGUGUCACUGGCAGCUCUGUUACUAUUGAGGUCUAAACAUCAGUAACAACAGGAAAAGGGAACCAAGGAAUAGUGACAGGUGGAGUAAAGAACUAGAAUAAUAUUAGGGCUUCAGACUGAAGGCCGGCUUCACCUUACACCUUCGUGUAGGCUGCAUUUUUGCUGUUCAUGCUGUGAAAACAUAGUGCUUCUUUGGGGAUUUCAGUUACAUAUUUCUUAAACACUACCAUGGUGUCUUGGCUUUACUAACCUGAAAAUAUUGAAACUGCUGCCUGCAUCACAGUUAUUAGCUACAACAUAAUCUGUUAACUACUACCUCUGCAGUACUCGGGGUAAAGUAAGGGACUCACUCGGUGGGCGGGGUGUUGAGAGAAUGUUUUAACAAUCAAACUGGAAUUAUAAUUAGGAAAUAAACCAAACAGUAAAUAAAUAA